AUUAAAAAACAAACACCUUCAACUUCCUGGUCUAUUUGUUUAUUAUCAAACGUGCCGUUAACUACGUAAAUUGAAUACAAUGAAACUGCAGUAUGUACGUUUACCUUAGGGCAAAUCGAAAUGUUGUGAGAGUUUUGAAUGUCACCCUUCAAAAAUGCUACAGACCAAGUGUUGGGUCUUAUUCUGAGGAAAGAGUUGACCCAGCUCUGUGGUACAAAGUGUUUAUUUUGGACUCAAUAUUUAUAGAUUGUGACAGACGAUCGAUUUAUUGGAGUUGUGAAAAAAACGGCUUGUCUGAAGAAUUCCAUUCAGUGCCUACUCAUGAACUACGUUACCGAAAUGUAGUGGAAUUCUUCCAAGAUAAAGAGCAAAUUUUAAAAGAUGGACAGUACUAUGAUUUUGAUCCAAAUGUUGAUGAGCUGUUCGAAACUUCAAGAAUAAUCAUCAGGGAGUUGCAGCCUGAUAAAAUUGAUAAAGAAGGAAAUGUUACAAGUUAUGGGGAAUUACUAAAAUUGCUCCAUGUUUUUAUUUUGCCAGAAGUUUACUUUUUACCAAAGGAUAAAUCAAAAGUACAAGAUGUUUUAGAACACAUUGAAAAGGAGCAUGAAUCAAUAGAGGAAAGCAUACAAUAUAAGGACAGAGCAAAAAAGAAUACAGAAAAUUCUUUGUGGAAACAGAGACAGAAUAUUCUAAGAACUGAGAAAUUCUCAAGUCAGCAAUACAUAGCUUCCUUAGAUGAAAAAUUCCUCAGGAUUUUCUUACAACAUGUCAUAAAGGACUUGAGGAAGCUCAAUGAACUAUUGUUAGAAUUUGAAGGAGAGAUCAGACCAUUGAGAGACUCAAUCACAGAAAAAGAUGUAACAAAGCUAAACAAUGCAAGAUCAGAAAGAGAUGAGAUUUUAAAAUCAAUUGAAGUUUCCACAGUAGCAAGAGAAGAGAUAAACAAUGUUUUGUUCCGAAAGCAUAUUAAGAAAACUUUUUCUAGAACCAAACAAGACCCAUCCGAGUUUCAUCAGCUGUAUGUUGAAAUAAGUAAGAGACUUGAUCAGUUUAAUGUGGAAAUUAGAGACGUUAUAAAUGCAAAGAUCAAAGUAUCGUGUGUUAGAGAAGCAGUUAUUCUCACACUUAAAGAAAUUGAGGCCGAUGGAAAAUCAUAUGGUUACAACAGGAAAAAAGGAACAUUUGAAAAUGAAACUGAUCUUUUCGACCCUAGCAGAAAACCUGAAGAAUGGUCAACAUUGAAUGACAAAGUUAAGACAUACCUUAUUGUGAAACAGGCUGGUUAUAGAAGAAAAUAUGAGAAAUUUUGCCAGAUGAUAAAACAGAAAUGUCAACGAUUAUUUGAUGAGUCAAAAUUGUUCUCUGCGUCAGGAGAUGAACUAGAUAUGCCUCUGUCACCAAGUACAUUACAGUUUAUAGAUACAAUCGGAAAUGAAACCCAAAGUAGAAGAUCAAACAUUUACAGAAAAACAGUAUCAGUAAAUCCCAGUGAGGUCCAAACUAGACAAAGAACAUUCUCAACAAGAUGGUCGAUGGGGAGUAUAUCAAAGAGUUCUUGUGAACGUAUCUGUAAAGAUGUGACUGAGCAUAUAUCUUGUAUGUCUUACGAUCUUUCAGUGGAAAUUAUGGAGGGAGAUGCGAGUAAAGUUCAACCUGGUUUUGUGAACAAAGUUUAUACUUGCUACGAACAAUAUGUCUCUGAGGAGAUUAUGCCAGUAUUGUGUGAAUUAUAUGAAAGGAGCUACAAAAAUCAAUGUUUGAACCUUUCAGAGUGGAUCAAAAGGUACUCCACCACUGAAGUUGGUUAUGGAGAGAAUACUAUGGCCAGAUUCUUGGACACUUCUCGCAGUUUAAGUCAAGACUCUUCAAGAAUACCAUCAGAAACUGACAGCGACGAUUUUGAGGAAAUUGAGGCACCACCAGUACCAUGUGGAAUGUCAAAGACGAACACCUUAGGCGGCCUAAGUCUUCUUGAUCUGCCAAUUGAAACUCUGUACGAAAAGUUUAAUGACCAAUGUGAAUCCAUGCCCCAGUCCUUCGUUGGUGCUCUUGAUAUGACAGGGCUAGAUGACUAUAUUGAUGUUCUUGAAGAUUGUUCAGUACGAGAAAUCACCCUGUCUGAACAUGCUCAACCUAGUCAGGUAAAUGGACAUGCUAUCACACAUGAUAAUGGGGAUAAACAACUUGGCACUGCUGGUUUAUUGGAAAAUAAUGGACUUAAAGAGGACCUUGAUACAGGUAGUGUUCAAAUGAGAAAGCAUGAGAAAACGGAAGACUCUUUACAUGCUUCAGCACGACCGUUGAAAGAACAAUUUUUCAGUAUGUUUGCAAAAUUCUUUGAAAUCAUAGAUGAAGAAAACGCUGCCAAUACACUUUUCAGCAAGCUACGACACUUAACAAGAGCUGUUAAGUUUAUUGAAACGCAGAUCUCAAAGUAUCAGCCCAGAGGCAAAGAAGUUCCCCUGUGCGCAGAUGACUUGCUAGAUGUACUUAUCCUCCUGCUUUGCAAACUAGAUGCAGACAAGUUUCUUUGUCUGUAUGCUCACCUAAACCUGUUAAUUCAGGUUUCUCCACCUUUCAUGCAGGGCAACGCGCAUGACUACUCUCUUGUAACAAUGCAAGUGGCUUACCAGCACCUUUUUGAACAACAAUUGCUGCACAAGACCUCACCUGUGCUUGCGAGCUAAUUUGUGAACAAAUGCUGCUGCAUAAGAGCUCACCUGUGCUUUGGAGCUAAUUUGUGAACAAAGGAUGCUUUUAUAGCAUUUUUACUGCUGGUUAUAACCUUCUACCUGGAAUACCCAUUGCAUAAUAAUUCACCUCACAUUUACAUUUGGGUAGUUGAUUUAUUAGGUUUGUGGUUAUGAGUUUCCCUGUGCUAAGGAGCUAAAGCGAAUGAACAACAAUGCCCUAAAUCAGCCUAUGGAUACUUCUGAUUACCAACAUUCAUGCACCUUUAAAAACAUUUCGGCAUUAAUUCAUCUCGCUGGUUAACAGUUGUUUGGAAGAUUUAUAUACUUGUAGAAACGGUUUUAGUGCACAUUUUUAUACUGCUGAAGGCAUUAUACAUGCAGUACAUGCUAUGUUGUAAAAUUAUUUAUAGGCCAACUGAAAUUUAUGUGUAUAUACUAUUAUAUAAAUAUUCAAAAAUGGCUUGAAAAAUAUCCCAAAGGGUAUGGUAAUUAUUAGAAAUUUUGUUCAGUUCCUGCAUUGUGUUCCAUUGUUCUAAAAUAUCCAUAUAUUAAUAUAUAUAUAUAUAUAUAUAUAUAUAUAUAUAUAUUUAUAAAUACAUGUACAUAGAUUUACUGUAGCAUGAUACGCCAAUUUGCAGUAUUGUGGUAUGUUGAACUGUUAGUGCAAGUUUAAAUUGAUAUUCAUUUCUUAUCUAUUUGUCAAUAACACAGUGUUAAACAGUAACAUUUCGUCUAUCUGAUGAUGGCAGAUUUAUAUAUAGAUAUAUAUUUAUAUAUAUAUAUAUUAUAUGAGUGGUGUAGCAAAUUUGAACUUGAUACCUCCAAUUAAAUGCAGGAAGUGUAGUAUACAAAUGUUAAUAUUACUUGAAAGCCUCUCAUGUUUGAUUAUGUACAGCUAUAGGCACUUAAUGUACGAUUGAUAAACUUGUAAGAUAUUAAACGGUAUUGUUUAGAUCAAAGAUUAAAUGAACAAAUAAUCAGUUAUCAAAAGGUUAACAUAUGUUGUUUUUUUCUGCACGCAUACCCAUUCUUUUUAAAUGUCUGUUGUUAUUGUUUGUAUAACAUGCCAGUGCUUUUUUGCUAACCUGUUUGUGGCCAGUUUUUUCUGACCAAUUUUGGAACGAAAUUCGAUCCCCUUCCCAAAUGCUAAAAUUUACUUUAUACUUGUUAGUUAAAAUAAAUUCCCAAUUUUGAAUAAGAUAAAAAAUAGCAUGUUUAAAUAAAAAAGUUGACCCCAAACCUGUAUGAAAUGUUUGGUGUAUUCUAACGGCAACAAACUUGAUCCGAUUGUUGUAUUUUUUCCUGUCCACUUUGUAAGACAUCCCUGGUCUGACAUUUCGUCAAAAUGCCGCAGCUUUCCCAGCCUGAAAGGUCACGGUCCCAUUUCCAAAAUGGUGGGAGAAACAUUUCGUACCCUAUAUACAUGUUGUGUAAAAAAUCCAUUCAUUAAUUGGAUAUAUACGUUUUUAAUUGUUAGUAUUUUUUUCAUUUUUGUUACAGUUUUGAAAUCAUUAUCAGAGCUCAUUUUUUAAUUGUGUUGAUAUAAUCUAUGAAGUACGCAAUAAAACUGCAGAUUACGGAUAAAUACAUGAAGGAAAUGAGGCCCUUUAAAAAACAAAGAGAAUAAAUUCAAAAUAAGGAAGUGCGGCUUGUUUUGUUUAGGAGUAUGUAGGCCAAUACUGAUACGUGAAGCACUGUCAACGCCCUUAUCGCUCGCUUAAAGGCACAGACUAUAAAGUCGAAACUCGCUAUGACGAACUCUGUUAUCUCGCUGUUAUGGUUUUGUCGAACUUUUUUCGAAUGUGUUUGGUUAGAGUCUCCAAAUUUUAUAUUUCGGUUAUAUCGAAUGUUCGUUUUCUCGAGGUAUAUUCUGAGGCCCCAAACAACGCACCCUAACCCUGUGAGUUCAAGACUAUCUUUACCUAACUUUAACAAGAAACACACAACGUUACAACACAACAAAGACACACAGCAUAUCGAUGUCCUCACGUCAAAACGCUGAAGCUACAAAAUCCCAAGUUUUUAAUAGCAACGCUUUUUUUAUUGUAUUUUCUUUGUAAAUUGAUCACACAUGGUUUGUUUACAAAUGCCGAAAGUUACACUGUCUGAAGUUUCGGCAUUUCUGUUUCCCUGUGAGAUUUCCAAUUAUUGUUCACAUUUUUGUCACAUGAUACACCACAAUUUUCUCAUGGGACUAUUUAUUAACAUGCGAUUAUAUGCGGCUUGCCUUUAUAAUCUUAGUGAUGUUAAACUUGCAACUUCGGCAUUUUGACGUAAGGCAAUCGAAAGCAUUAAUACAUGUCUUCUGUAACCGCCAUUUGAACAAUCAACGAACCAGGAAGUUUACUUUAAUAGGGUAAAAUCUAGUCUAUGGGAUCCCAAACCCACUCAUAAGCCUAGUAUUGUUUUUUUUUUGUUUUUUUUUCACUAACCCGAUCUAUACCGUCUCAUCCCGACCCUACAUUCUUUUGCCGUAGUGUAGAUUUUUUUUCUCGUAAAUUCCUAAAAAUGUGUACAUGUACAUUUCUUCAGUGAAUAUGUUAAUUUUUUCUACGAUAGUGAUAUACUCUGAUUAUAGGUCGGUUUGAUAACAAAAUCCCGGUUCUCAAAAAAAAGUUAUGAAUACCUACCCUCAAUCACUUUUGUUUGACCUUAUUAAACAUUGUUAGAUACUGUAUCAAAAACAUGCUAGAGUCAACAAUAGUCAUGCUGAUAUGAUAAUGUCACACCACUCAUUGACGUCAUAUUCGGACACAUUGUGCAUUGUUUAUCCUAACCUAAUAAUCAUUCAUCUUAAUAAUCGGAAUAAGGAAAAUUAAAGUGUGUCUUAGUUUUGUUUUAGUGUCAGGGGCGGCUCAAGGACUUGGCGUUAGAGGGGGCGUAGCUUAGGAGCGUACCAUUUUGCCUUUCGCGCUACCCUCAGAACCGAAAUUUAUAUGGAUUAAAAUGUUGGCAGUGGGGUUUGUGGGAACUCACCCAUGAACAUUUUAACAAUUUCUAGUCCAAAAUGGUGCAGUCUGAGUGUAUUUUAUUUCUUUUUCUCCGAUAAUGACAUAAAAAGUAAACUUGGACGACCCCUCUGGAUCCGCCAGUGUGUGUCAUUUAUUUUACCAUAUUUUUUACGAAUGAACAACGUUAAAUAAUUGUGUUGUGUUUUUGAAAAGUGAUAUAUAUAUGUAUGCAUAAUAUGGGUUGAAUAAAAUGUAGCACUUUUUC